CCGAAACUACAAAACACCGGAUCGUUAUCCUUUAUUACUUCCUCUUUCGAUUUAAAAUAAAGAAAUAUUAAAGGCGUUCAGAAGGAAGCAUUUUGUAUUUUUAUGAAUAAUAAGUCAUUCAAGAGAGAAAUAUAAUGUCGAAAUUAAAGGACGAUUUUCUUCUUGUCGCCGCAAUUGACUUUGGCACAGCAUUUUCCGGAUAUGCUUUUUCUACAAAAGAAGAUUUUAAGGCAAACCCACUCCAGAUUCAUUCAAACACAUGGAUUGGAGGUACAUUAAUGUCACUGAAGACCUCUACGUGUAUCAUGUUCGACAAAGACAAGAAGUUCUACAAAUUCGGUUUCGAGGCAGAAGAUGCUUACAGCGAACUUGCCGAAGACGACAAACACAAAGACUAUUAUUAUUUUCGACGCUUCAAAAUGGAGCUAUUUAACCGCUUGAAACUGAAACGUCGAUUUAUGCUUGAUGAUGUGAUGGGCAAGAAAAUGCCUGCGAUUGACGUCUUUUCCGCGUGUAUAAAGUACUUGAAAGACCAUCUCUUAGACCAGGUUCGUAAACCGAUACCUGACGCCAGGGAAAACGAUAUUCGCUGGGUUCUGACUGUGCCGGCAAUAUGGAAUGAUGUAGCCAAGCAAUUCAUGCGUGAAGCAGCUGAAAAGGCUGGUAUGACAGAUGAAAACCUAUUAAUCGCUUUGGAGCCAGAGGCGGCGUCAUUAUGCUGCAGGCAUUUACCGAUGUCAGCGCUGAAAGGAAGCCAGACAUUCAUGCCCUUUCAACCGAACACAAAAUACCUCGUUUUUGACGCCGGUGGCGGUACGGUUGAUAUUACUGUUCAUGAAGUGACGUCUAGUGGUGGGUUAAAGGAAAUGUAUGCAGCCACUGGCGGAGACUGGGGUGGGACGUACGUUGAUAAAGCCUUUAGGCUCUUCUUGGCUGAGCUAUGUGGUAAUGACGUCAUGGCCGAUCUAGAAGCGACACAGACAGCAGAUUACAUUGACAUAUUUAGGUCAUUUGAAAUUAUUAAGAGAAAGUUCAGUCCUGGCAUGCAGGAUAAAGUCACAAUAAAGGUACCGUCGGCUUUAAACGACAUUUUCAAGGCAAAGCAAGGGAAAGACCUCAAAGUACAUAUAAAUUUAAUGGCGGAGUACAAGGGAAAAGUAACCUGGAUGGGUGACAAGAUUAGAUUAGAGCCAGCUGUUGCAGAAAGCUUUUUCAAAGAUGCUUGCGAAAAAGCGGCUUCUCACCUAAAAAACUUGUUUUCCAAAUCAGAAUUAAAAGAUGUCAAGACGAUUCUGAUGGUUGGAGGCUUUUCAGAGUCUGUUCUUCUACAGAAAGUAAUAAAAGAUGCAACGUCUUCAGACAAGAAGAUCAUCAUUCCAAAUGACGCUGGUCUUGCUAUUCUUAAAGGCGCAGUCGUUUUCGGUCACAAUCCAUUAAUCAUAAAAGAGAGGCGAUCUAGGUACACAUAUGGAGUUGGAACGUCGAUUCUUUUUAAGAAAGGUUCUCACCCUGAAGCAAAUAAGAUAACAGGCAACGAUGGGAAAGAAUAUUGCACAAACAUCUUUGGCAAGCACGUUGAGAUUGGUCAGGAAUUGGUGUUUGGCCAAAACAACGUGGCCAAGUCAUACACUCCAGUUAAUGCUGAUCAAACUCAGAUUGGCUUUCGAUUCUUCGCUUCGACGGACAAAGAUCCGAUGUACGUUACAGAUCCUAACUGCACAGAUAUCGGCAACCUAACCGUCGAUUUGGCAGGAUCUGGUACUGACCGCUCAGUUAACGUUAAUAUGAUUUUCGGCGACACUGAGCUACAUGUUGAAGCGGUCGAGGUCGCGAAUGGGAAGAAGUCAAAGUGCGUCUUGAAUUUUCUCGGGUAGCGAUGCGAUGAUGGAGUUCAGUCUUCGUAUGAAAGAAGAAUAUACACGCAUGAUUUCGAGUUAUAUAUAGACACAAUUAUUACAAUACAUUCAAGAGUUAGAUUUUACAUUAAAAUAGGUAGCACGCUGAAAUUUAUCUCGAAACAUGCAUACAAAAUUAUUAUUGUGCUAAAAUGUUGUGUGUUUUUUUCAUAUAAAUUUUCCAUAUAAAACAUAAUUCUAUUUGGGAACUCUUGUUUUUUUUCUGAUUUAAAUGACUAAAAAUUAUUCAAUUUAAAAUUAUUUAAUACAGUAGCUUUGCUUAACGUUUCGUAUUUCAUGUAUAUCGGAUAAAUCGUUUCGUUAAUAUCACAUAGUUAUAAUGAAAAUAGUAUACAAUAACUAGAUUACUUUGACGCCGUCGAGCUUCAAAAGUCAUAUUAUUUAGCUUAAAUCUGUUUAUUUGUGUUCGAUUGCAUCUCAAGCCUAAGGCUUAUGGAAAUGCUAUUGGGUUCGUUUCCUGGGUAGAACCAUUACCUGGUAUCUAUAGAACGUUCCCCCGGUGGGGAUCGAACCCGUGACCUCCCAAUUAUACGUUUUUGUGAUCGAAUUGACAGUUGUGUUCAUCACGCUUAAAAUUUUGCGUAAAUGUAAACUUUGCACUAUUCGAGAUAACUUUGUACACAGUGAGCAGGAUCACGUGUCUUUGUAGGGAUCCCAAUAAUGUUAAUGGAUGUUAACACAACGGUAAGAGGUGCUUUUUUUCUUGUAACUUUUUAUAACAAGUUUUCUUAAGAAUUUCAUCGGGUGCAUAAAAGACAUAUUUUAUUCUGCUUAUGGCAAUUUAAAAUACAUCUGAAUUAUUUUAUUUAAUAAGCCUGUGUUCUUCUUCGAAAAUUCUAUUAAUAAUGCACGGCUAUGCUUCACGCAACGUGAAAUUUUGUCACCGAUUUAAGACGUAUUCAAUGAUUUAUUCUUCUGCUUCAAGAAAUCGGCACAAACUGCACUAAAGAGUAAUGCAAAUGUAUUUCAAUAACAUGAGAUAUUUGCUAAAAUAAAGUUCUUAACGAUGUGUUUACAUUCUGUCCAGCCCGUGUGAAAACCCCGUGGAUACUGCACCCUGUACAAGAGUUGUCGCCAUACUCUAUUAUGAUGGUUGGGUAUAAAGCAACAAAGGUUAUCUUUUGGGUCCAUACCAAUUCAAACUUUUUUAAGUAGGAGCAAUAUUGCAUAAAUAAUACAACAGAAAGCAAUCAAUUAAUAUAAAGAUAUACUUAACAAAAAAAAUUUUAUUUAUUAACUGUAGUUUCACGCAUGAAUAAGCAUGACUGGAAGCUUAAAGUUAUUACUAGGUAGAAUGUUAAUGAUUCGUAUUCUUCUAUUAUUGGGUUGAUUACUUUAAUUCUUGUAAAUAGUUAGGUUGCAUGCAUGUGAUGAGUGUUAUUUUGCAUGACUAUUGUAUUUGUUAACGCAUAUUUUUUGUUUAUGACCUUAAUAAUUGUAAACAGUAAAAUAUGCAAGGUCUACACUAUAAUAUCCAAAUGGCACAAUCUUAAGAAAUUAGAAAAAAACAAAAGACUU